AUGUUUGGAUAUAAACUCUUCACAAUAGUGAGAGAAAAGUCUGUUGUCAUUGUGGAACAAUUGGGAAAAUACAACAGAACCUUGCAACCUGGAUUAAAUUUCCUCAUUCCACUCAUUGACAGAGCAGCAUAUACCCAAUCCUUAAAGGAGGAAAUCUUGCCGAUUGAAAAGUAAUAGGUGAUUACUAAGGAUAAUGUUGCGAUUCAUCUUGAUGGAAUAGCAUUCAUUCGUAUCAUUGAUCCAUUCAAGGCUUCUUAUUAAGUAAGUGAGCCAUAAAAUGCUAUUAAAUUGUUGUGUCAAACCAUUUUGAGAUCUGAAAUUGGUAAAUUGAAAUUGGAUCAACUCCUACAAGAGCGAUCUGCCUUGAAUCGAGCAUUGUAAACUGGUCUGAGCAAAGCUGCAGCAGAGUGGGGUUACACUAGUUUGGGAGUUGAAAUAUUAUAAAUUGAAAUACCUGAAGAAAUCAGAGUGUCAAUGCAAGCUCAGGUGGUGGCUGAGAGAAAUAAAAGAAGAGAAAUCUUAGAAAGUGAAGGCAAACAAAUUAGUGAAAUCAAUAUUGCUACAGGUGCCAAAACAGCAUCGAUCAAAAUUGCAGAAGGAGAUGCAGAAGCAGUCAGACUGGUUUCUCAAAAUGAAGCUAAGGCCUUAAAUCAAAUUAGCGAAACUCUAAAAGAACAAUCCAAAAAAAGAGUCUUGGAUUAUAUACUCUUAUAACAUUACUUGAAGGGAUACUCAAGCAUUCUAAAAUCAUCAAAAGUUGUAGUCGUGCCUAAAGCAAAAGAAGGAUAAGGUAAUGAUUUCAUGAGUCUGGCUGCCAUGAUGAUGUUUAAUAAUUAAAACUCAUCAGCCUAGAAAAUCUUUGAAGUUUCUGCCAAACCUAGUGACAUGACAAGCAAUUCAACUACCACCCAAUCAGAAAUUAGUAAGUUGACUCAAGAACAAUUGGAUAAUCUUAUAAAGAAGAAUGUCUAUUACAAUGACCCAAGAUUGUACUCAGAUGAUGAAGAAAAAAGGACACAUUGA